CGCCACUCACACAUUUCUCCCGACCUGCCAUGAUGCCAACUGACAUGGACGGAGUACGUCGUGUCCACGAUAAUGGUUCGAAAUCUUGAUAAGCCUUUACAAACACAUUCGCAGAUAAUGAUGGAUCCAUCAAUAUAAAAGGUUGGUCAAAUGUGGGUUGGCCUCCAGGGAUAAAAUCUCAUGCACCAACAUCACUGCAAACGUCCAUUGAAUAUAGGACUCUAGCUUUAACAAUUACCAACAGCAUUCACUGUGUAUAUCGUGACAACAUGAUCUCGGAAACAGCACCGGUUGCCCAGGCCCAGGACAAGAGUGAAACCAUGUCAGCCAUCAAGGACAACGCCUUUGUAUCCUUCUACAACGAUUGCGACGUGAGCGAGUAUCUAUUCAAGGAACCUGCAUUUAAGCAUGGGUUCCUUCCACUGGAACCGGAACCGGAACAGCCCAAACAGUCUCAGCCAAUUCCGUUCAAAGCGAGAAUGAGACCUGCAGAGCACAUAAACACCGGCACCACCCCUCCGACCACAACGGUUCUAGAGAAGAAGCAAAUGGCACCGACACCUCUCAAAACAGCCACAAAAAACGAAAGCACUUCGGAAAAAGGGGAGAAAGUCUACGAAAGGGAAAGGAGACCUAGCUUCGUUGAAGUCUCGGUGCCCCAUCUUCAUGAGGAACAUCCCCAUCACCAUCGGCGGCAUUCUUCAGAGACUCAUCUGCCCAUGAGUUGGUGGCCAGAUACGGAGACUGUCGCCGAGCAUGUAUGGGUGGAACGCGAGGAAUGCGACGAGGAUCUUUCUGCGGACGAGGAGGAAGAUGCCAUCGAGGAAGCUUUCUAUGCUUCUUACGAAUAAUUAAAUUUCCGACGAGACACACAUUGGGACGACUUCGGCUUUCCAAGGGCAUCCGCGCAGGGAGUUAUUUGGCAGGCAGCGAGGUCCUUUCGGCAUCGGGACGAUUGUGAUGACAGACACGAAUUUUUCCUCCUGUAUAUACUUAUUACCUUUUAGUGCCGAAGUCAGGCGGAUACUUGAGCAAAAUGAAAACCUUGUACGACUCCCGAACCAGACAGAUUGAUGUCGAGCCAGCAUAGAUUCACCCUGUAGACUCUGCUCCCAUCCUGUCGAGAGGACACUCGUCUGACCUUUGACGGGUCAUGAACUUCCAGUCUCUUCUAAACCGCAGAUGCUGCUUAGAUCGUCGAAGUAAGGAUCCCUUCGCGUGUUCUCCGGUAGUCUUAUAUAUUGGUCUCACGGCAAAGUCGA